AUGAGCAUUGAAAGUUUGGCAAAGUCGAUGGUUCCGAAAGACAAAUGGAAUUUCGUUUUCAUCAUCUUUCUAAUUAAUGGAAUUGGCACACUUUUUCCCUGGAACAUGCUCAUUAAUGCAGAUAAUUACUUUGUCAACUUCAAGUUAAACGUCACUGUCCCGUCAGAGGCAGUCACCGACUACCGAAACCACUUUCUAAGCUAUCUCGGAAUCGCCUCUAAAGCGCCGAACAUCUUUCUUCAGUUGCUGAACUUGUUCAUCAAUGCAGAAGGCGCCAACUUCAGUCUUCGCAUUAUCAUCACACUUGCCCUUCAAAUAGGCGUCUUUCUGUUCAUCAUCGGCACUGCAGCCGUAAACUCUACUUCUUGGCCAGGACUCUUCUUCUGGUUGACUAUGGGUUCGGCAGCGGCAAUCAACACGGCCAACGGCGUUUACCAAGGCUGUAUCUACGGUAUUGCCAGUCGAUUCCCAGGAACUUACAUCAACGCAAUCACCAUUGGAAUGAAUCUCAGUGGAAUGAUUGCCAGUGUUCUGAUGUUGAUCUCAAUUUCCGUCAGUCAUAAUUCUCAAAUGGAGGCCAUCGUAUUCUUCUCAUUUGCAGUUGUCCUCCUGGCAGUAUGCCUGGUGGCAGAGUUUUUCAUUAUCAAAAGUAAAACUGAUCAGUCUGCCGUUGAGUUUCGGGAGGGAGAGGAGCCAAAAGAGACAAUUGAAAUCAGUGUUUCUGAGCUGAAGCCCGAAAAUCUUCCUCCCCUUUCCAAGUACCUCUUCGUCAUUCGCUGCAUUUGGCCCCAACUACUGAACAUUUUGCUCAUCUACAUCGUUUCGUUGUCCAUCUUCCCGGCGGUGGCCGCCCGAAUACCCUCCACCGAUGGUCUGCUCAAUGAGCGCUACUACUCCUCGGUUUUCUGCUUUCUCUUCUUCAACGUCUUCGUCACUGUGGGCAGCGCCACGGCGCAGUUUGUGCAGUGGCCGGGGCCUCGGUGGCUGGUGCUGCCAGUGCUGUUGCGAGUUGCCUUCAUUCCCUUCUUCCUCUACUGCAACUACCAGCCGAGUGAUACGUUGGUGAGAACGGUACCGGUGCUCUUCAAGCACGACUGGAUGUACAUUCUGGGCAUUGUGGCGCUCAGCUGGAGCAGCGGCUACCUCAGCAGUCUGACGAUGAUCUACGCGCCAAAGGCGGUUCCAAAAAGCCUCGCAGCCACUGCUGGCAUGCUCGGUGCUCUGACCAUCAUUGUCGGAAUUCUCAUCGGCAUCAACACCGCCUUGAUCUAUCCGAGGUUGUUUAGUAAAAGUUAA